GGAGCAGCUCCGGGUUUCGGGUUCAGUCUAAACCGAUCCAUCGUUCGAGCACAGUCGAUUCAAUGCGUUUUGGACGAAUGAGCUUCCAAAAAGUCGUUACACGUGUGAUUGGGGACUAUUUCAGUCAGGUGUGAAUAGAUAUUUUCUUGGCGUUUGUUCGAGUUAAAUCGGAAAAGUCGUUUUGUUAUACAAAGAAGAUACAUCGAGGGAACUUCUCAUAAGAGCCUGAUUGGCAAUGGAUUCCCACACGAACUACGGAUGGUUACAUAGCAUGGAUCUACACCCGGUGCCUGACGUAACGCAAGACGUAAUGAACAAUGGGCGGCAAACGCCUGGACUAGACGAGCAACAACACAUAAAGCGACCUAUGAACGCUUUUAUGGUAUGGUCUCGUCAACAACGGAAAAAAAUUGCUCAAGAGCAUCCAAAGAUGCAUAAUUCCGAGAUCUCGAAAAAGCUCGGUUCCGAAUGGAAGCUACUUACCGAGGACGUAAAGCAGCCCUUCAUCGAAGAAGCAAAGAGGUUACGCACUAUACAUCAACAGAACCAUCCGGACUACAAAUAUCGGCCUCGGAGGAAGCCCAGGACGUUGAACCGGGCAAAACACAAGGCCAUAAAUACUUUUUCUCCGUCUAACUUUCCUAUGGCAACGUAUUUUGCAACGCCACAGCCGAUCAAUCAUCAUCAUCACGCGCAUUCGUUCGAGUAUCCGCACCUGUCGUCGUAUUUCGGAUCCUUCGAUAUUCCCAUCAACAAAAUAGUCACAGGAAACAGUACUGUACAAGCAUCGUCCGCCUACGCGGUAGCGGCCGCAGCCGCUGAUGCCGCUAACAACAACGCAGCUGUGGUCGCUAAUAGCUUCUACCCGAAUCUCUAUCCGCCGGCACCGAUAACAGGGACUGACAGGCCUCAUCCUCAACUAAUAUUCUCUUCCUCAUCGAUGUCUGGACCUAUUAGAAAUAUCUUUAGCACAAUCAGCAGCAGUCCGGGAAACAGCUCUCGUUCUACCCGCUACUCAGGCACCGAUCAACCCGUCAAUGCAACAGAUCCAUGUUGGACUUCAUAGGAAUGUUACAGACAUGCUGCACACCCUGUAAGAGCAUAGAUGCAUGCACAUCUUAGCAUAUUCAGGGGCCUGAUCUGUGAUAUCUCUAAUGUAAUGUUUGUAAGGAGAAAGAAAGAGAAUCUAUGGAAGAAGACUGUACACAGUUUCAGUCACACAUCCGUACAAGCAUCGUUAAAAUUAUCAGGAUAAAGGCAUGAAAAAACGAGGUGUAUUGUAGAAUAUUUGUAGGAAGGCCUUGAUGCAAUGUGAUUCAAUCUCGAUAGAGAUCUUCAACAUUUAUAACAAGUACUACAAAUCUAGCAAGAUUUAAAAUGAUUCAGUAGAAAAAUAAUGAAAGAUAUAAUAAUAUACACACAACCUUAAUAUAAUAUUACAAAGCAAGUAUUCACAAUUCAACUGAUUGAAUUCCGAAACACAAUUCAAUUGAUUGAAUUCCGAAAGAUCCCAAGUCAAAAUAUUAGUUCUACAUUAAAUUUGUAAAUUUGUCUAGUCAAACAUGAAGCGUUAAGAAAUUAUAGAAAUUUCAUUUAAAAAUAGACUCUUAAUCUGUAUCAGUUUCACUCGAUACUAAAAAUUUUUUACUAGCUACAACCUUCUCUAGUUAUAUAUUUCCCACGAUUGGAAAAGAAUAAGAAAAAAACAGAAAUAUGUUCAAAGCAGCAAUGACAUUUUUAUAACUUUACGUUUCGUAUGUUUCAGUGAAGAAUGUUGUAUAAUGUACACAAUCAGUGUUUAUAAGUUAUUAAUUAAUUACUUAUAUUAAUUUUAUAUAUUAACCUCUUUGUUUUUAAAACUCUGCACUCUUUUGUACAUUAUACAUAAGCAGAGAAUCCUCUUUAUUGACGCACACAAAACGUAAAAAUAUCACUUCUGCUUUGAAAACGUUCUCAUUUGAUCUAUCUUGGCAAAUUUCUUUAGGAAAUUUUCGUUAUGACUGUAAGACCACUUUUUUUUUAAGUGAAACAUUAGCGGCACAAAUCAAUAUUUAGGAAACUAAAUCAAUUUUAAAUUUCCACUCGGGUUCCAUUUUUCUCAAGCCGCACGAUAUUCCAAAUAAAUUUUCUUCUCUCAUCAAUUCUGUCUGUAUCUAACAUAAACUCAUUAUUCUAAUAUUCAUCUCCUUCAUUAUUUGAACUUUCUUUUCUGUUUCUUAUACAUUAUGUAAAUAUAUGUAAAUAACAUAAUUUAUUCAACUGCUUUGUAAUAUUUAAAAACAAUUUGUUAUCGUUUUGUUCAUUGAUAUUCUACGAAAUCAAUCAAUCUGUUACGUUCUUCAUGACCGUCAUGGCAGUUUUAAACCUUCUGCAUUUUUAUGCAAUCUCACUUCCAACUUCUUUGCACAGAUUGCCAUUAUUUUGAAACUUAUUAUUCCUUUCAAGCGACAAUUCUCAUUUUCUAUCGAUUCUUCUACACUACUGAUUUCUAAAUUAUUUUUGUAUUUUUGUAUUUAUAAUUAUUUUUUCAUAUUUCCAUUUCCUUUUACAUGUUUUGUUUGGACUGACGAAAUUGUAAAAUUUAUUGUUGUUUUUCGCACUAAUACAGUUUAUCGUUAAAUUUGGACUAAAAAAAUUAUCUUUACACUCGUUAUUUCUAUAAAUUUGUAAGACCUUCAGGUAGCAUCCAAUUUAUAAAUAAACAUUUCUGAAUAAUAUUGGAUUUUCAUCUGACUUAGUAAUUUGUAAAUAUUUAUCGACAUCUCCUAGUGUAUCCCAUAAUAAACACGCUCAACAAUACUCUUUCAGUUAUUCACAAUGUUAAUUAAUAAUUAGGUUUCCGAGGUUCGUGAGCCUUCCUACUAGCACGAUACGAAAUGCAAUCAGGCGGAUCACAACUACUCCAGUAAAAUAAACAACAGAGCGGAAAAACAUUGGUAAUUACUUCCUUCAUUCGAAUCAAGGGCUACCUAUGACAACGAAUUAUCUUGGAAAAUAGCGAAAUGAGUCACUGACAAACGAGAUUUUAUAUCCGACCGGCUCGCAAAC